ACCGAUGUUGUGUCGGCAUACAAUGGAAGUUUUUGGAAUGGUCGUUUGGUAUGACGUCUCUCUCGAAACUAUUUGCAACCCAUACUGAGGAGGUGAAGGAGAUUUCACGUUUGGUGGACUUUUCUGCUUGUGGUGUUUUGAGGGCACAACCGACCGCGUGUUGAAUUCUUAUUUACGUUCAUGAAUGCUGCACUGGAAUCCGUCUCCGAGGUGAAGCCGAUGAAUACGGCCGCGUUUGUGAUUCAGAUUCACUUUGGGAUUGUGGGACCCAAUUCUUAAAAUCGUUGCAAAUCUGAUGUGUUGGGCCGCCACUCGGCCCAGAAUAUUCCUUGCGUUCCCAGUCCGAGAAGCACAUUGGGCGACCCGUCCGGUUUUGUGGCACGACCAAGUGGUUCCAUGGGUACUCUGUGGUCGUCGGAUGUGGUGUCAAUGGAGUUAGAUUGUGCCUUCUCCAUCACAAGCGAUGCUCCGUGGACGGCAAGCAAGAUGGGGGUAGGUUGCGGACUUGUGCUCCAUGUGGGUCACAUUGGUACCCUAUCUCGCUUUCCUUCUAUUGUUUUUGGCUUCUUUCCUUCGUGACGGUUGCAAUUUCCUUAAUAGAUAUUACCAGAUACAUGAAGAUUACCACAAAUUCGCCGGUGACUUAUCUAUUAUUACUCGUAUCCUCAAGUGUAUGAUUGCUCGUAGAUUCAACGCCCUUUGCAUCAUCUCGAGCGGCUCCCCUUGACAGAUUGCACAGAUCUGUACACCCGAAUUGGUAUACUUGAUUCCCCUUCUCUCUCUGUCUCUUCCGACACAACACCAUAUUCUUCUACCCUGCGGAAGAAGAAUAGGUUGCCAAAAUGGACAAGCCUCAAGAGGAAGAAGAGCAGCGCCAGAUCACAUCUCCCCUGCUCGCCUCCGAUCCCUCCACCUCGGCGUCGUCCUCGUCAUCUCCACCACCACGAAAGGAGGUGGAGGAAGAGGAAGAGGAAGAGAACUCGCCCAUCGAGCAGGUGGCCUUGACGGUGCCGGUCAAUGACGACCCCGCGACGCCCGUCCUCACCUUCCGCAUGUGGGUCCUGGGAACAGCCUCCUGCGUGCUGCUCGCCUUCCUGAACCAGUUCUUCUGGUACCGGAAGGAGCCGCUCUCCAUCACCUCCAUCUCCGCCCAGAUCGCGGUGGUGCCGCUGGGCCACCUCAUGGCCUCCACCAUCACCGACCGCGUCUUCUUCAGGGGGAGCCGGUGGGAGUUCACCCUCAACCCGGGCCCUUUCAACAUGAAGGAGCACGUCCUCAUCACCAUCUUCGCCAACUCCGGCGCCGGCAGCGUCUACGCCAUCCACAUCGUCAGCGCCGUCAGGAUAUUCUACCAGAAGCACAUCACCUUCUUCGUCUCCUUACUCGUCGUCAUCACCACACAGGUUCUCGGCUUCGGGUGGGCUGGGAUGUUCCGGCGGUACCUGGUGGAGCCGGCGCCGAUGUGGUGGCCGCAAAAUCUGGUGCAGGUCUCACUGUUCAGAGCCCUGCACGAGAAAGAAGGUCGCCCCAAAGGUGGCAUGACUCGGAACCAGUUCUUCAUGGUGGCCUUCUUCUGUAGCUUUGCCUACUACGUUCUCCCAGGCCAUCUCUUCUCCGUGCUCACCUCCCUCUCCUGGAUGUGCUGGAUCUUCCCUCGGUCCGUCCUUGCCCAGCAGCUCGGUUCUGGCCUCCAUGGCCUCGGCAUCGGCGCCAUCGGCCUGGACUGGGCCACCAUCUCCUCCUACCUCAGCAGCCCCCUGGCCAGCCCUUGGUUUGCGACUGCCAAUGUCGCGGCUGGCUUUGCGCUCAUCAUGUAUGUCAUCACGCCCGCUGCGUACUGGCUCAACCUCUACAACGCCAAGACCUUCCCCAUCUUCUCCGAUGGCCUCUUCACAUCCACCGGGCAGAGCUACAACAUCUCCGGCAUCAUAGACCCCAACUUCCACCUCGACAUCAAGACCUACGAGAAGAAUGGUCCGCUCUACCUGAGCGCACUCUUCGCAAUGACCUACGGCGUCGGCUUUGCCUCUCUCACGGCGACCAUCUCUCAUGUUCUUCUCUUCCAUGGAAGCCAAAUAUGGCAGAUGAGCAAGUCAGCAUUCAAAGAGAAGAUGGAUAUCCAUACGAGGCUAAUGAGCAGAUACGACCAGGUCCCGCACUGGUGGUUCAUCAUCCUCCUCGUUGCCAACGUUGCUCUUACCAUCUUCGCAUGUGAGUACUUCAUCGAUCAGCUCCAGCUGCCUUGGUGGGGAGUACUACUAGCCUGCUUCAUCGCCGUUUUCUUCACGCUCCCCUUCGGAAUCAUCAAAGCCACCACGAACCAGACACCGGGACUAAACGUCAUUACAGAGUACAUCAUCGGAUACUUGUAUCCCGGACGCCCAGUCGCAAACAUGUGUUUUAAGGUAUACGGAUUCAUCAGCAUGAAACAGGCCUUGUUGUUCUUGCAAGACUUCAAAUUGGGGCACUACAUGAAGAUACCACCCAGAACCAUGUUCAUGGCACAGGUUGUGGGCACCUUGAUUGCUGCACUCGUAUAUUUGGGAACUGCAUGGUGGCUUAUGGAGACCAUUCCCGACAUCUGCAACACCAAGCUCCUGCCUUCGGACAGUCCAUGGACGUGCCCCGGUGACCACGUCUUCUACGACGCCUCUGUCAUCUGGGGUCUCAUUGGUCCACGCAGGAUCUUUGGAGACCUCGGCACCUACUCCAACAUCAACUGGUUCUUCCUGGCUGGUGCGCUGGCGCCUCUGCUCGUCUGGCUUGCGCAUAAAGCCUUCCCAGAGCAAGAGUGGAUCCGCCUCAUAAACAUGCCCGUACUGAUCGGCGCCACUGGAUCGAUGCCGCCGGCAACAGCUGUGAAUUACACGACAUGGGUCGUUGUCGGUUUCCUCUCAGGUUAUGUGAUCUACAGGUACAGGCGUGAGUGGUGGCAGCGGCACAACUAUGUGCUCUCUGGUGCUCUGGAUGCAGGGCUGGCAUUCAUGGGCGUGUUGCUGUAUAUGUGCUUGGGAUUGGAGAAGGUGAGACUCAAUUGGUGGGGGAAUCACUUGGAUGGGUGUCCUCUGGCUUCCUGCCCAACAUCUCCGGGUGUCGUCGUCGAAGGUUGCCCCGUGUUCUGAGAUGCUUGUGGAGCUACAAGUUCUUUGUUUCCUUAUUAGAUUUGCAUUCAUACUUCAGUGGAGAUGUAUAAAUCAUUGAAUUGGAAUAUGUAACUUAGGUACAAAUCAGUGAACAUGUAAAUCUCAGCCCGGCAUUUCGACGAUUA